GUUUAUUUCCAUUUUUGAGCGGUAAAUAUGCACAGUCAAAGGAUAUGGAUAAGGAUUAUUUACGUUUUUGGAGUAAGAAAAGGAAACUGUGGACCAGGAAGUUGGAUCAAAGAAUGGAAGGAGACGUAGGAGUCUGGUGAGUUACCUGAUCGCGAAGUGGAAAGAAGCUUCAUCUACACAAGGCAUCAUGACUGACAGGAAGGCAGUAAUCAAGAAUGCUGACAUGUCAGAGGACAUGCAGCAGGAUGCAGUGGACUGUGCUACCCAGGCCAUGGAGAAGUACAAUAUAGAGAAGGACAUUGCGGCCUACAUAAAGAAGGAAUUUGACAAGAAAUAUAACCCAACAUGGCAUUGCAUUGUUGGGAGGAACUUCGGCAGCUACGUCACUCAUGAGACAAAGCAUUUCAUCUACUUCUAUUUGGGGCAGGUGGCCAUCCUCCUCUUCAAGUCUGGCUGAGUUCUGUGAGGCCUGGAGUGCCUCUCCUCCCAACCUGGACUGUAAUGCACUGGUGGCUGAUGUCACAACUUCCCACACACUUCAAAUAUUAAAAUGAAAACAUACCAUGAUACACAACUGGCUGUGCGCAACUGCAUGGACUAAGAUGUACCAUAUGUAAUGUGUAUAUGUUACAGUACAAAUACUACUUUCACUAGUUGCCAUAAAAUGCAACGAAGAGAUUUUUGUUAAUGCUGUUCUACAUUUUGUUAUACUUAAGUUGUAAAUGCUUUAACAGUGGCCUUUGAUUGUAUAAUAAAGGAAAGCUAGAGAAUGUA